UGAAUAAUUAAAGAAGAAAAUUAUUGUGUUGUAAAGAAAAAUAAAUUGACGUAGUAAAAAAACCUAAAAAAUUUAAUUAAGUGUUGCUAUAACCCUGAAAAAAUCAACAUAAACUUUUAAAUAUUGCUACAUUUUUGUGAAAAAAAGCAAUUGAAUCUCUUUCAUUUUUCUUCGCCCUACCUCUUGCUGUCUUCUGAGUGAGUUGCUUGCUACCUCCUCACUUGUCGUCUUCUUCGCAUUAUGGAUUCUGAUGAGGACUCCUUUGAAAUAGAUAAUGUUGAUUCCGGCAAUGUUUCAUCGGGCGAUGAGGGUGACGAUGAUUUUCCCAUGGAUGACAUACCUUCCGUUCACGAACGCCAGGCAGAUAAUGAUGAGUACAUUUAUGAGGUAUUGACAACAGAUGAAAUUGUUUUGCAUCAAAGGGAGAUAAUCGAUGAGGUCAAAGGUGUUUUAAAGCUACCACCAACCAUAACACGAAUGCUAUUAAAUCAUUUUAAAUGGGACAAAGAAAGACUUUUAGAAAAAUAUUUCGAUGGCAAUGCAGAGGAUUUAUUCAAACUGGCACAUAUUGUGAAUCCUUUUAAUAAACCGGCAAAUGCUAAUAAACAAAAGAAUUCAAAAAAUACCGCAGAAGAAUGUGAAAUUUGUUUCUCACAAUUGCCCUCAGAUUCCAUGGCUGGUUUGGAAUGCGGUCAUCGUUUUUGUUUGACCUGCUGGCGUGAAUAUCUAACAACGAAAAUCAUUAGCGAGGGCCUGGGUCAAUCGAUUUCGUGUGCAGCUCAUGGCUGUGAUAUAUUAGUGGACGAUGUAACCGUAACAAAACUGGUAACAGACGCCCGGGUACGUGUUAAAUACCAGCAGCUCAUCACAAACAGUUUUGUCGAAUGCAAUCAAUUGUUACGCUGGUGUCCGUCCAUCGAUUGCACCUAUGCCCUCAAAGUGGCCUACUACGAAUCUCGACCCGUACGCUGCAAAUGCAAUCAUGAGUUUUGUUUCGCUUGCGGCGAAAACUGGCAUGAUCCGGUCAAGUGCCGUUGGCUGAAGAAAUGGAUUAAGAAGUGUGACGAUGAUUCGGAGACGAGCAAUUGGAUAGCGGCCAACACCAAAGAGUGUCCCAAGUGCAAUGUGACGAUUGAAAAGGAUGGCGGCUGCAAUCACAUGGUCUGCAAGAAUCAAAAUUGUAAGCACGAUUUCUGUUGGGUGUGUUUGGGUUCAUGGGAGCCGCAUGGUUCGUCAUGGUACAAUUGCAAUCGUUAUGAUGAAGAUGAAGCCAAAGCAGCACGUCAUGCUCAAGAGAAAUUUAGAUCAUCAUUAGCAAGAUAUUUACAUUAUUAUAAUCGUUAUAUGAAUCAUAUGCAAUCUUUAAAAUUUGAAAGUAAAUUGUAUGCCUCUGUUAAACAUAAAAUGGAAGAAAUGCAACAACACAAUAUGUCAUGGAUUGAAGUGCAAUUUUUGAAAAAGGCCGUUGAUAUCUUAUGCCAGUGCCGCCAAACACUCAUGUAUACGUAUGUUUUUGCGUAUUAUUUGAAAAAGAACAAUCAAUCAAUGAUAUUCGAAGAUAAUCAAAAGGAUUUAGAAUCUGCCACUGAGAAAUUAUCAGAAUAUUUGGAACGUGAUAUAACAUCAGAGAAUUUAGCUGAUAUUAAACAAAAAGUUCAAGAUAAAUACAGAUACUGUGAAAAAAGGCGUAAAGUACUUUUAGAUCAUGUACAUGAGGGCUAUGAAAAAGAUUGGUGGGAAUAUUUGGAAUGACGAGAUAUUCCAUCAACGGCUCGUAAGCGAUGUGGUAAUAAAUUAAUAAAAAGAAAUUCAUUAUAAAACCAGAAACAAACCACACAUUUUACUAUAAAGAAAACAGAAAAAUUUAAAAAAAAAAAAAAAACUUAUGCAUAAAACAAAAUAUAAUAGUUAUUAAACAAAAUAAAAACAAAAAUAAGAAAAUACAACAAAACGCCAACAAAAACAUUAUAAUAAUAAUAAUUUAAAAAAAAAAAACAAAAACAAUUUAAUGGUUUUUUGUUGAUCUUUAAGCCUUUUUAAAAGAAAAAUCACUUGGUUAACAAAAUUAUAAGAAUAUUUAGUUUGAAUUCUGAUAAAAUUGAUUAUUAAAUGUUAUAAAUGUUUAAAAGAAAAACCAAAAUUAAUAAGUCCUUUAAUAACUCAUUAAUGCUUAGCAUUAUUUCAAAAUUAUUUAAAAAAAAAUGAUUUGUUUUUAGACACACCAAGUGAUUAAAAAAAAUUUGUUAAAGAAAUAACAGCUGGCAAAACAAAACUAGAAAUUAAACAUUAUUACAGCUUAAAAAUAUUUUAUUAAUAAUAGUUUUUUCUUUCUUGCUUUCUUCUCUUACUUACUACUUACUUACUCUUACUCUUAUUAUUAGUAAUUUUAAUUUUUAAUUUUAAAUUCUUGACCCUUGUUUUAAAAUCAAUUAUUAUGAUGUCUUUUUUUUUGUCCCUUCCCCCCCAAACCCUGCCUCUGCCAACUCUCUUCAUACUUAUUUUCCUAGGGCUAUAAAUUAUAAACAAAUUUCAUAGUCUUCGUUGCUUUAAUUACAAAAUAAUGUAAAUAGUUUUCUCUUAAAAUAUAAAACAAAAAACAACAAAAAAAAACACAAAAACCUUUAAAGAAACAAAAAAAUUAAAAAAAAUAAAUUAAAUUGUAUAAAAAUUAAAAAAAAAAAUAAUAAAGAAAA